UUCGCAUUUCUCGAUUUCUCGUUUUCUCUACUUCUCGACGUUUUUUCGACUUCUCGGGAGCCUUGUGCGUGUUGUUGCAUCGCCAGAGAGCUGCAUCGCCAGCUUCGAUAGUGAAGUGAAAUUGUUGCGGGAAAGUAUCCGUCGCCCAUUCGAGCAUGUCCAAGUAUACGAAGACCGCACGCGGGAUCUGCGAUCUGCUGCUCUUCGUCGCCCUCAACGCCUCCAAUUUUGCGCUGUACAAGCUGGUGAGACCCUUUAAGCGCGGCUUCUUCUGCGGCGAUGAGUCACUCGGCUAUCCGUUGCGUGAGAACACCAUUGGGGCAGCAUUGCUCAUCAGUUUGGUGCUCGGAAUACCCACAUCGGUGAUUGUGGUCGUCGAAUUGUUCAAGCAGCUGCCGGGCCAGAAUAACGGUGCUGGAGGAGGAUGUGAUAAGCGCAAGGGUUGUCGUCUGCUGCAUCGUUUUGGGCAACUCUACAAGCAGGCUGGCUACUAUCUGUUUGGCUUCGCGAUGGUCACCUUCGCCACCCUGCUCUCCAAGAACUGUAUUGGCCGUUUGCGGCCACACUUCUAUGCCGCCUGCCAGCCGAUGCUGGCCGAUGGCACCAGCUGUGCGGAUGUCCAGAACCAGGGCCGCUACAUCGAUAGCUACACCUGCACGAAUGCGAAUGUUACGGACUUCAUAUUCCAGCAGCUGAAUCAGUCCUUCCCCAGCGGCCAUGCCAGCAUGAUGAUGUAUGCGAUGCUCUAUCUGGCCAUUUAUUUGCAGGCGGCAUUGAGCACCAGGAUCUCGAAGCUGCUGAAGCAUCUGCUGCAGUUCCUCUUCGUGAUGCUGGCCUGGUAUGCGUCCCUCACGCGGAUUACAGACUUCUGGCAUCACUGGUCCGAUGUGUUGUCCGGUGUGGUGCUGGGUGCGAUCUUUGCAUUCCUCACCACCAUCUAUGUGGCCGAUUUGUUUGCCUUCAAGCGUUGGAAUCGCGGCAGUUCUGGCGCCUACUGUACGAUAAAGAAAUCGCAGGUCUCGCCCAAGAAUUCGGCUGCCAAAGCCACCACCGGGGCUGUGGCAGCCGCCGCCGCUCCCCCCGCCCUGCCCGCCUACACCUUCGGCACUCUGCCCUAUGUGGCGCAUCCAGCACAGGCGGCGCAUUAUGCGCAAACCUACCACAACUAUGGAUAUGUGCCUUGA